AUGGAGGAUGCGGAGCAGAACAAGCUGUUUGUUGGGGGCAUUUCUUGGGAGACGACGGAGGAUAUUCUGAACGAGCAUUUCAACAGGUACGGCGUCGUUUCGGGCUCCGUGGUUGCUAAAGAUCGGCUUUCCGGUCAACCCAGGGGUUUCGCUUUUGUGACCUUCUCUGAAUUGUCGGCCGUUGAUCGGGCCCUUCAGGACUCCCAUCAGAUUCUUAACAGAACGGUGGAAGUGAAAAGGGCUAUUCCCAGGAGGGAACAACAAAGUCAACAACAGCAUAAUAGGGGAGUGAGUAGGGAUUUUGGUAGGACUUAUAACAAUCGGAGCACUGACGGAUUUAGGACAAAGAAAAUUUUUGUAGGGGGUUUGGCGGCUAACUUGACUGAAGAAGAGUUCAGAAGUUACUUUGCAAAGUUUGGUAGGAUCACUGAUGUAGUAGUGAUGCACGAUAACAUGACCCAUAGGCCAAGGGGCUUUGGUUUUAUAACUUUUGUCUCGGAGGGCUCUGUUGAGGAGGUUAUGCAGAAGAACUUCCAUGAAUUGGCUGGAAAGCUCGUGGAGGUCAAACGAGCCGUGCCAAAAGAAGGGAGUAACAGUAGUGGAAAUGGUUAUAGUGGAAGGUUAGAUGGUGGUAGAGACUCUAACUUUAAUUCUUAUCAGUCGGGAGACUAUAUGCCUUACAAUCCAAGAUUCGGCUAUUUUCCCGCUGGAUACUCAUAUGGACCUGGAAUUUUUGGUGGUGUUUAUCUUUCUAGUGGGUACAAUGGAAUUGGUUAUGGGCUCUCUCCAGUGGGCCCAAGGAGUCCUUGGGCCCCUGCAAUGGUUAGGGGCAGUUUUUUGCCGUAUGCUAGUCCUACACCUGUUUUUCCUGCCUAUUUAAAUGGUGGGCCUAGUGUGAUGGGUGUACCUCCAAAUAGACAUGGCGUGUUAUUGGCAACUGGACUUAGUGGAAAACCGGGACAAAUGGGCUUUGGAGAUGGUCAACGUGUGGCCGAGUCGUCACCCUCUCAGAGUGGUGCGGUUAACUUAGGUAGCAAUCAUUUUGGUGUGGGUAAAGGCCUUGGAGCUGGCGUUAGCAGGCAGGGUAAAAGAGGUAACGAUAAGCCUUACCGAGCAACUAAUUCAAGCUGA